AUGCCUGGAGGCUGGGAAGUUUGUCUAUUCUACGUUUUAGCAGCCUCGACAACGUCAUUCUUCAGGCCAGAUAUUGUUUCUGUUAUAGGUGGAUUUGACGUUAUUGCGGCUCUAGGCGUGCAGUUAUUCCCAGUAGGUAGAUGUUUUAUGGAGGAAUAUUCCGGGCAUUCACAAAAGUUCCCAAUCGAGAGCUUCUUAGACAGUGCAUAUUUGUUGUUCUUAAGUCGUACAACAAAUUUCGCAUCUGGCGGCGCAGCCUCGCCCUCCGCUGGUUGUCAAGAGGAGAAGGCAGCUAAGGCCAUGAAACAAAGACAGGCAAAAGUUCCUUUCAACAUCGACGAUAAGCUUUUCAUCCUAACCUGCAACUUAUUUCCCUAUGCCUACCUAUCUGGCAUAUUGGCAUUUAUGACCUUCUAUCCUUCCAAGCGCAGAAAUUAUAACGCUCUCCCAAAAGAUAACGGGAACAACCAGAACUCUACAUCUAUUAGUCACCAGAACUAUCUCAGUUACAGUACUCCCAAUAUAGUACUCCGCAGAGGAGAACAAUCUACCAGGGGUAAUAGGAGAAACUCUAAUGUUGAUCUGGGAAUGAAUGAAUACGAUGAGACAAACCUUCCUAAGGAGCAGGUAGGUAUCUACCUAUGUACGUAUAUGGAUGUACUAUUUUUGUAUUAUGUUAUAUCAAAAAUAUUAUCCAUACAUGGUGUUGAGUUUUAUGUUUCUUUGUGGUCUGUUGUGAUAUGUCGUGAAAACAUCGAGUUAGGGAGUUACGUAGGUUCAGGUUUACAGGAUGUUGCUAUGGAACAUGACCACAUUUCCCCCGGUCCAGUUUACACACAUGCGGAAAUAAUACAAUCGCAGGAUAUAUGGUUGAAAGAGCUUGCCAAUUGUUGUGGUUUCGAACAUGAUACUACACCAUGCCGUUACAAAACACCAACCUGCACUACGAAGCUGUCAAUAAACCCGUCCCAAGAAUCCUGGCUGAAAGUCCUUUUAUUCAUUUAUCAGAAAAUCUUUAUGUUAGCUUUCGUGUUUCAAUCACUCAGCUGCUCAUCUUCCUGUGGGCUGUGA